UGGCUGCUCCUUUUUAUUCUCAGCGUUAAAUCCUUAGGGGAGGAGGGAUCCUUGACUGCUGUCGCACAACUACGGCAGGGUUUGGAUGUACUUUUCGAGUAGUACCGUUCAAGUCAAGCAAACAGCGAGAGUCUAGAAGGUGGAUAAUAAUAAAAAGACAAAAAAAGCCUUUAAGGCUGGGUUAAGUAUAAUGGGCGCGAACGGUCGGGCUCAAUGGGAAUAAAGAUGAGGAUUCCUCCGGAUUUCCAGCCUGGUGAGGAAGUGGUGCUGCUCCCUGACAGGAAACAACAGGAGACGUUCUUGUUCUGACAGCGUGGACCUAAUGAACUGCUGUAGUGUUUUGGUAUGGGCGCUGGGUGACUGCCAGACUGGGUGAAGUUGGAACUGAAAGGGAAACCCGCAGAGCAAAAUCUACCACCAGGGCCUGCUGAGUAGGACUGCUGUGCAGGGUCACACGGCCGUCGGCAGGGUGGAGUUUCCUGACCCAUGGAGAAUUACUUCCAGGCCGAGGCCUUCAACCUGGACAAGGUGCUGGACGAGUUCGAGCAGAACGAAGAUGAGACAGACACGUCGAUUCUCUCAGAUGCCAAGUGGACCCAGAUCCUGGCCCCACCGGCCCACAUGCUCUCUUUGAAUCCUGCUUUGACGCACGCAGACCUUAGUCCCAGGGAGAGCCCCCUUCCUUACAAGACCCUCCCUGACACCUCAUCCAGCUCCUCUCUAGGAGACGACUCUAAAAGAGAGCUGGGGCCUGAACCUCCAUCCUGGACGGAGGAGAGGCCGGCGGACGUUUACAGCCCACCUCUCCCCCAGCCCAACAUCGGCAAGCUGGUGGGCACAGACGACCUUUCGCCACCCCCAGUGUUAGCCUGUGGUGCCGUGGAAAACGGCUGCCCACAGCUGGAUGGGUUCAUUAAAGACAGAAGUUCUCCUACAGACCUACAGACUGGUGUCUCUGCCCAGGAGGGUACACCUGGAGAGAUGCCUGCCUCGGCCGGAGGAGGAGGCUCUCACUUUACGUUUGAGGUAGAGUUGGCACAGGAUCAGAUUCCUGGGAAUGUCCACCCAGAUGUGUCUCCUGCAGUGCAGAACGGAGAACAUGUUGAAGAUGAGAGCUGUGCAGCUGUUUUACAGGACUUCAGUCAAGAAGGACAAACUGUAAAUUCACAAGAGGACCAGGACGAAAAUAUAAGUAGGAAUAAAGUUGUUCUGCCUGGAUGUGAGAUGGAUGAGAAUGGUGUGUCUCUUCCAUGCAGGGAGGAGGAGGAGGAGAAGGAAAGAAGAGCUGAUGAAACUGGACUAAACAAUCAGCUCAUCAGAAUAAAUGUCCUUCCUAAUGGUUUGGAGGUGGAACAUGGGAGCAGCUUCAUGUUUAGGGAAACUGAGGAGAAAGAGGAGGACUUUUCUCCCUCCCCUGUUCCCUCCAAGGAGGACUCUGUGACUGAGGAGAAAGAAAUGGAGGAGAGCAAGCAAGAGGCGAGUGAUGGUGGAGCAGUGGGGUCAAGUAGCAUCCAACCAAAAACGAACAACAGCCGGCUUCAGCCUGUGAGUGUUCCCUAUGGAGGGGCACGACCAAAACUGCCAGUCAGCCUCAAACUUCAGAUCCCGCAGCCGCUGUCGGGCCAAGUCCAGAACCAGCUCGACCAAUCUGCAGUCAGCAAGAACAAGAACCUCGAGAACCAGUGUCGAAAGGGCACUCCGACUGAGCCGGCAUCCAGCGGGACUGUUCAGAGCUCUGUCAGCGUGAACGGGGACGGAGGUGUCCACUCUUCAUCUCUGGUGUCCUCAGAGAGCCCAGACAAUGACCUCCAGGCCGGCCAGCAGGGGGCGCUCUGCAAGAAGGGCACCGGCUCACUGGGAGAGGUCGCUCCUGUGUGGGUGCCUGACUCCCAGGCCCCCGUUUGUAUGAAAUGUGACGUCAAGUUCACCUUCACCAAGAGGAGGCACCACUGCAGGGCCUGCGGGAAGGUGUUCUGUGCAACGUGUUGCAGUUUGAAGUGUAAGCUGGUGUACAUGGACAAGAAGGAGGCUCGUGUUUGUGUCACCUGUCAUUCCGCCCUGACAAGUGCUCAGUCAUACGAGACGCCAACUGCUGCAAGCAAUCAGAGUCCAAACCCCAACAACCCAGCAGAAUACUGCUCCACCAUCCCCCCUCUACAGCAGGCUCAGGCCUCCGGGGUGCUCAGCUCGCCCCCUCCCACUGUCAUGGUUCCUGUGGGGGUCCUAAAGCAGCCUGGCAAUGAGGGCUCCGUCUCACGGGACCAGAGGAGGGUGUGGUUCGCUGAUGGAGUCCUGCCUAACAGGGACACAGCAGAGUCCUCCAAACCCUCCGCCUCCAGCUCAGCCCCCUCUCAGUCGCAAGCCGUCUCCACAUUUUCACAUAAAUCCUCCACGUCCGAUUCUUCAGAGGCAGCCCAUACCCCCGUCGCCCCGGUGGGCAGCCCCGUGGGCAGCUCGGUCAGCCUGAUCCCGGAGAACGGGCUCCCUCCCAUCCUCAUCUCCACCGGAGUCAAAGGAGGUACGGGAGGCCACAUCACAGAUUACGCUGUGGAGGAGAGGCCGUCGGAGAUCGUCGUCAUGCAGCAGCUGGAGGAGGGGGGCCCGGACCCCCUGGUCUUUGUGCUCAACGCCAACCUGCUGGCUAUGGUCAAGCUCGUCAACUACGUUAACAGGAAGUGCUGGUAUGUGACGACUAAAGGGAUGCACGCUGUGGGCCAAGCGGAGGUCGUCAUUCUGCUUCAGUGUCUACCUGACGAGAAGACCAUCCCCAAGGACAUCUUCACCCAUUUCGUGCAGCUCUACCAGGAGGCCCUCAGUGGCAACAUGCUGAGCCACCUGAGUCACUCGUUCUUCACGCAGAGCUUCCUGGGCAGCAAGGAGCACGGCGGCUUCCUCUACAUCAGCCCCUCUUUCCAGUCGCUGCAGGACCUGCUGCUGCCAAACCCUCCCUACCUCUUCGGCAUCCUCAUCCAGAAGUGGGAGACGCCCUGGGCCAAAGUCUUCCCCAUCCGUCUCAUGCUGCGGCUGGGAGCAGAGUACCGAUUUUAUCCGUGUCCACUGUUCAGCGUUCGUUUCAGAAAACCCCUUUUUGGAGAGAUGGGUCACACAAUCAUGAAUCUGCUUGCGGACUUCCGUAACUACCAGUAUACUCUGCCGGUGGUGAAGGGUCUGGUUGUGGACAUGGAGGUGAGGAAGACGAGCAUCAAGAUCCCCAGCAACCGCUACAACGAGCUGAUGAAGGCCAUGAACAAGUCCAACGAGCACGUGCUGGCCAUGGGGGCGUGUUUCAACGACAAGGCCGACUCACAUUUGGUGUGCGUCCAGAACGACGAUGGGAACUAUCAGACGCAGGCCAUCAGCAUCCACCACCAGCCUCGGAAAGUUACUGGAGCCUGCUUCUUUGUUUUCAGCGGGGCUCUGAAAGCCUCGUCCGGCUUCUUGGCCAAGACCAGCAUCGUGGAAGACGGAGUGAUGAUCCAGAUCACAGCGGAGACGAUGGACUCUCUACGGCAGGCCCUGAGGGACAUGAAAGACUUCACCAUCACCUGUGGUAAAGCCGAUCAGGAGGAGAACCAGGAGCUCGUUCAGGUCCUGUGGACAGAAGACGACCAGAACUUCAACAAAGGCGUCAUCAGUCCGAUCGAUGGAAAAUCGAUGGAGUCCGUCACCAGCGUGAAGAUCUUCCACGGCUCUGAAUUUAAAGCAAACGGCAAAGUCAUCCGCUGGACCGAGGUGUUUUUCCUCCAAAGUGAAGACGAGCCAAACGGACUGAGCGACCCGGCCGACCACAGUCGGCAGGCGGAGAAAGUGGCGCGAGCGUUCUGCGUGGCUCUGUGUCCUCACCUGAAGCUGCUGAAGGAGGACGGCAUGGCCAAACUGGGACUGCGGGUCACACUGGACUCAGACCAGGUGGGGUACCUGGCAGGAAGUAACGGCCAGCCCCUCCUGCCUCAGUACCUGAGUGACCUGGACAGCGCUCUGAUCCCAGUCAUCCACAGCGGGGCGUGUCAGCUGACCGAGGGUCCGGUCGUCAUGGAGCUGGUCUUCUACAUCCUGGAGAUCAUCUCCUAGAGGCGCGACACGUCCCACCAACCUGCAGACUUCACCCUCAGACGUGUUUUCUUUCUAACAUCGUCCUUCAGCCCGGUCCUCGUCGAACCAUCUGCACCUCAAAAGAACCAGAAAACUGUGCUGUCCAGGUGGCGUAGCAUUCCUUCAGUCAGAGCUAUGCAUCCACCGAGCAGAACCCGGUCACCUGCUGACGGUCUGUGCCGACCGCCACACUUUCUGCCAACUGAGUAAAGGAUGAACGAUACGAGGGGCAUCAGAACGUCUGACAAACUAGUCAACACUGAACAGAACCUACAGAACGUUUGUUAAAAACUAAUGACAUCUCUGUGAUCCAGCUGCAUCGAUGAGUUAAAUUUAUGUUAAAUCGGCCUCCAAGCGAGCAGCGAAGACCCAGGGUCUUCAGAUCAGUGGUCAAAACCCAAAACUGCUAGUCUGAGAUCAAAGACGUGCACCAGCCAAUCAGAACGAGCCGUGAAUCAACGCAGGAAACGUCCGACGGCAUCAGAACCUGAUGGGACGCACAUCACAUCCUUUAAAUGUGGCUUUUAUUUACAAACACGUAGUUUAAGCCUUAAAGUGUGGCUGUCUGGACAUUCACCGUGUCAGCUGGAGGCCCGAAGCAGAGAACUCUGGGUAAAAACCCUCCUCCGUGUAGCACAGCUGCUGUUCAACGCUGCAAAGAAAACCAGAAGGAAGGUGCCUCUGUGUGGCCAGUUUUGUGUUUGCACCAUGGUGCUCAGUGCCUGCAGCGAAGAAUCAUCA